AUCGCUUCCCUCUUUUCAAGAUGAAAAUGUACAGACAUGCGCGCAUCCGCCCUCUUUCCCUCCCUACUUUAGCCAAAUGUAUAAAAACCAGCAGAAUUGGACCAAGCUCGGCACUCCCACUCCAAGUCUUUCUCCCCUUCACGACAUCAUCUUCACGACGUCUCGCGCCUGUAUCUAUUCGAAUUUGAAAUCAAUUACAAGUUGUUUUUGUUUACUUGAAAACAUGGAUGCGCAACAGUUUCGCUCCGCUGCUCACGAGAUGAUUGACUUCAUCAUCGACUAUCUGGAAAAUAUCCGCAGCAGGCGUGUCCUGCCGACGGUCCAACCCGGCUACAUUCGGGAUAUGAUACCCGCAACCGCACCAGAACAAGGGGAGCCAUGGCAAGAAAUUUUCCAAGAUGUUGAACGAGUUAUUAUGCCUGGGGUAACUCACUGGCACUCUCCUCAUUUCCACGCUUAUUUUCCCACUGGCAAUUCUUGGCCGGCUAUUUUAGCUGAUAUUUUGAGUGACGCUAUUGGUUGCAUUGGCUUUUCUUGGAUUGCGAGUCCUGCUUGUACUGACCUAGAAGUUGUCAUGAUGGACUGGUUGGGACAACUACUCGGUCUUCCUUCUCAAUUUCUCGCCUGUUCCGGAGGGACAGGAGGUGGCGUGAUUCAAGGAACGGCUAGUGAGGCAACCCUUGUGGCUCUCUUGGGAGCAAAAGCGAAGGCCAUCAAUCGUUUGAAAGCAAUGGAUCCAGAAGUCGAUGAAAGCCAAAUUGUCGGUCGAUUGCUUGCUUACUCUUCAGAUCAAUCGCAUUCUUCGGUGGAAAGAGCUGGAAUUCUGGCCGGCGUUCGGGUUCGUCUUCUUCAAAGUGACGAACUUUUCAGUCUGCGAGGAGAAACUCUAAAAUUGGCAAUGGAAGAAGAUAGAGCUAAAGGAUUCAUCCCGUUCUUUGUUACGGCAACUUUGGGUACAACACCUUCUUGCGCUUUCGACGACCUGUCCGAGAUCGGCCCAGUCUGUCAUCAAUUUGAAAACAUUUGGCUGCACGUUGACGCCGCCUAUGCUGGCUCAGCUUUCAUUUGCGAUGAAUACCGCCACCAUUUGAAUGGUCUAGAGUUGGCCGAUUCGUUCAACUUCAACCCGCACAAAUGGCUUUUAGUCAAUUUUGACUGCUCUGCUAUGUGGUUGAAAAAUGCAAAUGAUGUGGUAGAUGCUUUCAACGUCGAUCCUUUGUACUUGAAACACGAUCGACAGGGACAAGCACCGGAUUACCGGCAUUGGCAAAUUCCCCUGGGGAGGCGAUUUCGCUCACUGAAACUCUGGUUUGUAAUGCGUACUUACGGCGCGGAAGGACUGCGGGCUCACAUUCGCCGUCAGAUCAAACUGGCCUGUGAAUUCCACCACCUGGUGGUCAACGACGAUCGCUUUGAGGUUCCAGUUCCUCCUGCCUUAGGCCUUGUUUGCUUCCGGAUGAAGGGAGAAAAUAGUUUGAACGAAACAUUAUUGAAAAGAAUCAACGAUGCGGGAAGGAUACACAUGGUGCCGGCUAAGCUUCGCGGACAAUUCGUUCUUCGACUGGCCGUCUGUUCUCGUUACACCGAAUCACGCGAUAUUCUUUUUGCUUGGCAGGAACUUAGAAGUCACGCCGAUGCUCUAACGGGUCAGCAACAACUGUUGAAAAACUGAAGUUAAUCUGUUUAACAUAUUAUUCAAUGUUGUAACAUUUCAAUGUAUCGCGUAAGAACCCCGCUAUAAUCUGUUCUACUUAUCACGUCACGAAGAAUACACGAAUGAACAUU